AUGGGACGUCUGCGCCGCUCUAGGACUCACGGUGGGAAUCGUGAUGUGCAUCGUGCCGGACGGACGAGGGCUCGCACGAAGGAUCUUGAUCAGAUUCAGUUGAUUGAUCUGGACCCGAAGCACCGUGCUGCUUUGGAGGCCCAGCCCAUUGACUUUGAUAAACCUGGCCUUGCUCAACACUACUGCGUCGAAUGUGCUAAAUACUUCGAAACCGAUAAUGCUCUUCAGUCACACUGGAAGAGCAAGGUGCACAAGCGGAGGUGCAAGCAGCUGAAGGAGCCCGCAUACACGAUUGAAGAAGCGGAACGAGCUGCUGGGCUAGGUGUGGACAACGGAAGGAGGGCGACAAAGCAGAUAUCGGCCGCUGAGAUGCAAGACUUGUGA